GGGGAGAAGAGAAGUUGGCUGUAGCUGGUCCUAGCGAUUGAACACAACCAUGUCUAAGCCGGUUGACCAUAUCAAGAGACCCAUGAAUGCCUUCAUGGUGUGGUCCAGAGGGCAGAGGAGGAAGAUGGCCCAGGAGAAUCCUAAAAUGCACAAUUCGGAGAUCAGUAAAAGACUUGGGGCAGAGUGGAAACUUCUGUCCGAGGCGGAGAAAAGACCUUACAUCGAUGAAGCCAAAAGACUGAGGGCGCAGCACAUGAAGGAGCACCCCGACUACAAAUACAGACCAAGGCGCAAGCCCAAGAACCUUCUGAAGAAAGACAGGUAUGUCUUUCCUCUCCCUUACCUUGGAGACCACGACCCACUUAAAACAGGACUUUCCAUGAGUGCAACUGACUCCCUCCUUGGGGCUUCAGAGAAGGCAAGAGCGUUCUUACCCCCAACGUCUGCACCUUACUCACUCCUAGACCCAAGCCAGUUCAGCUCCACCACCAUCCAGAAGAUGACAGAAAUGCCCCACACCUUGGCCGCCAGUACCCUUCCCUACGCCUCCACUUUAGGAUAUCAGAACGGGGCAUUUGGGGGCUUAAGCUGCCCCAGCCAGCACACCCACACCCACCCUUCACCAACCAACCCUGGGUAUGUGGUGCCCUGUAACUGUUCAGCAUGGUCAGCAUCUAACUUGCAACCCCCAGUUGCCUACAUAUUGUUCCCUGGUAUGACUAAAGCUGGUUUAGACCCUUAUUCCUCUGCACACACAGCAGCCAUGUAAGAAGGGUGUUUGGCCAGAGAACACUGCAGGUUGGAGUAUGACGGUGCAUGUACAGAGGACUGCUAAUAGGGACCAACCGACCCACAGGGAGAAUGCCCGCCCGGAACUAUUUAUCUGUGUACAAGUGACAGAGGGCACAAUCUCCCAAUGUACCUGUGUGGGAGAUGGCACGAUCCGAUCCAAUCCAAUUCUUUUACUGAGCCAUGAGGAUAAUUGUGCGAUCGUUUCCAGGACGAAUUGUAAGAAUUGUACAGGUUCUGCCACUUUAUUUCAGCUACCCAGUUUUGAACGUUGCCACUUUAUUCAUUGUUUUUUUCCAUGUAUAUGAGUUUGUCCUUUAUUGCUCUGUGACUCUGACCUUGAAUUUAGAAGGAACUGAUAUUAAAUUAUUAGUAUUACCAUGAACACUUUUAUUUGCACAUGUAUGUUGUGGGGGUGGGUGGGAACGUUGUUAGAUAUGUUGCAUAUUGACAUCAAAUACACAUAUUUAUUUCAUCCUUUUAUUUAUUCCCCCAAAUAAUUUAGUCUAUAAACUUUCCCAUAUUUAAGGAAUACAUUUCCACUUGUUAUGAGUCUCUUGCCCUUAGGAAAUUAAUAUUACGUACGAAACUGCUCACAUUGUUUUGUAACAAAAAGCUGCAGUUUGAGUCGGUGGAUAGUUUUGCAUUGCAGAAGAGAAAUAACGAGAAAAGGACUUGAAAUCAAAAUUUAAAAAUGUAAUGGUGGGGGGAAACGGUAUUGGACCAAUUUUAUUUCUAACGAUGUUCUAUUUUUUUGUUGCAUUGUGAAAUGUUGAAUAAAGACAGCAAUGCAAUUCAACAAUAAGACGUGUGCAUAUUAGUCCCAUCAGGUUAAACACUUGUCACAAUUAAAAUAAUGUUUUUUUUAUA